AUGAAGGCCAUUUGGCUGGCACUUUGCCUGCCAAGCGUCUUCGUGACGGCCGCCAAGCUGUCGAGGAGCUCCAGUGCCAGCCCGAAGCUCCAGCACGACUCCAGCCAGGAGGCCACCGCCCUUGCGCGGCUUGCAUCCAAAAACGCAGUGACGCAGAAGCUCCGCAAGUCGCACAAAGAUGGAAACGCUUGUCCAGACAACCAGUUUCCACCUGUGAAUGUUACUGUUCAGGGAGUUGGUUAUCUGGACGAUAUCCUCUCGGGGGACAUUCUGGGCCAGUUGCAGACCAAUCUUGCUGGCCAUCCUGACUGGGAGAUAGGCAAACCUUGGACCUUGAGCAUGGUGGCCGACUCUGCCGAGAGACAGAUGGACCGCAAGUUCGGCUUCGCAGGUGGAGAAGGCUUCAAUGUUUUCACUGUGAAGAAGGCGAAAGUGGGACAGAAGAUCACAGUGACAGACAAGGUGAAGACUUUGGCGGGCAACACGCGUUUAGAAUAUCGUGGGCAGAACCCCAUUACCCUCGAGGAUGCAAUCCAUUUGACAGACAUCUGCCUCCGCAUCUCGGCUCUCGAAAAUUUUGUGCGGGGUGGACGCAAAGCAAAGGUGCAGCGGACGCGCCGUGAGCGACAGCACAAGAAGGAGUGCCUGGAUGACGACCUCUGGAAGCGGAAGUUGAAUCCCGAGCAGGAGCAUGUGCUGCGAGCAGAUGAAGUGCGCAGAGGAGGCGCCCUGCGCGCCGGCGACGAUGUACAGCAAGAGGCCGGACUACGACACCGCCUUCGGAAGCAAGUUUGCUCCAAAGACCUGUGCGACUCCACUCUUUGGGAGCCCAAACCGGGCAAUGUCUUGGGAAGCACCAAAGAGAAGUGCUGCACCCCUCGAGAUUGCGACGAUUACAAGUGCUCCGCCAAGUACGUGAAGAAAUCGAAGAGGCAUGGCCAGGAUGGUUCUCCGCUCUUGCUGCAGGGGAGCACCGACAGCGAGUGUUGUGAGCCAAUCUCAUGCAAGCACAUCGACUGCGAGGCCACGGACGAGUGGAAGACCAACGAAAGCGCCAAGGUUGGUGCAAGCCUGGAGGACUGCUGCAUCCCCCAAUUCUGCAAGCAUCACAGCUGCGAACCUGCGACGAAAUGGGAGCCAAAGCCCAAAGCAAUCCUGGGCAGCAGCAACCCAAGCUGCUGCACGCCCAAGAUGUGCAAGGAGUUCAAGUGCGACGCCGGCUUCGAGCUCCGGGCUGGCGCCGUGAUUGGAGGACAAGGCCUAUUAGGAAGCACCCACAACGAGUGCUGCGAGAAGAAGUCUUGCCACGACUGGAAGUGCAGCGACCCGACGAAAUGGGUGCAGCAGGCUGACGAGAGCAGCCUUGGCGUGGAAAGGCAUGGAUGGAGCGACGAGGAGUGCUGCACGCCUUUGAUGUGCAGCACCAUCGACUGCGUGCCAGAAUCGCUUUGGGCCCCGAAAUCGGCAGAAGAGUUGGAGGGUCUCCUGGGCAGCACCAGCAAGCAGUGCUGCAACCCCAGGUGGUGCAAAGACUACACAUGCACGGGAGACAUUCCUGCACAGAAUGUUACCAGCACCAAGUGGUACAAGAAGGUCGAUACGAAUCAUUUCAAGUUCCGGGGAAGUACGGACGAGGAGUGCUGCCACCCCAAGUAUUGCAGCGAGUACACAACAGAGUUCCCCAGCAAGUACCGGCGAAAGCCCGAAGACCUCCAAGGAAAGCCGAGGCUUGGAAGCACGGAAGCCGAGUGCUACGAUGAGCUCAAGUGCAGCGACUAUUGCUGUAAGGAAAAGGUCUUGCAACUGAAGGAAGACGCAGCGCAGCUCUUGGGCAGCACGGACCAGGAGUGCUGUGAGAAGCCAAGCUAG